AUGUCCGUCAAUGCCUCAAGUCUCCGAUUGCUGAUGCUUGGCUUAUUAUCUCCCUGUCUCUGCGUCAAAGCCGCCCUUUUCAUAAGUAGCAACAGCAUCCCGAACGAGAACGACCCCAUGCACAUCAUGCCCAUUCCCAUCAGGCCCGCCUUCGUCACCGAGAACCUGCAAGUUCGCCGCCAUGCGGACAGUGGUGCUCACGCAGUGAUCGGUAGUCAAUCCUACAACUACAAGCUGACGAAUCCCGGCAGACCUGAGCAUCGACUCUAG